AUGGACCUCAAUGCCUUCGCCAACCUCAAAAAGCAAAAGGUGAAGGCCCCGGGCCAGAAGGAGCCCAUCAAGCAGAAGCCCCUCGGGGAGCUGAAGAAGGGCAGUGAGCCCUCGGGGGAGGCCGCAAAGCGGAAGGCCGCCGGCAAGGCCCCAAUCCCCGAGGGGAAGAAGCAGAAGAAGGGGGACGCCGGGAAGAAGGCUCCCCUGGUGGUGGUGGUGGACGAGCAUUCCGCCUCCGAGCCCAGUGCUCCAACUGCUCCUUGCCCGUCCUCGGGUAAAGGUGGUGAGGCAAGCUUGCCUCGGGAGGACAUACAGUUCUCCCUGACGAAGGGGGCAGCCAUUACGCAUGGCACAGUAGACCCCCGGGAAUUCUUGGGCGGGGCUACGCCCGCUCUGGAUAGGCGGGCCCUCGGGAAGCUCGAUGAUGAAGCCCUCGAGUCCAAAAUCCUCCGGUCCUCCCUUACCGCCUGCAUAGCCCUCGGCGAACACGCCAGGAGGUUCGAUGAGUGGCGCCUUCAGAAGGCCCAACAGGAGGAGUCCUUCAAGAAGCUGAUUCACGACAAUGCCGAGGCCAUGAGGCAGAUGGCUCAGCUGGAGAGGGGCCUCCAGCAGGCGAGGGCGGAAGCAGAGAAGUCGGCUAAGGAAAAGGUGGAGGUGGAGAAGGCUGCUGCCGAGGCUGCAAAGAAGGCCUCCGAAGAUGCCGAGGCCGCCAAAGCAGAGGCCACCGCCGGUGCAGUCGCUGCUUUCAUGACCGAGGGCUGGAAGGCCGAAGGCCAUAAAGACUGGGUGGCCUCGGUCGUGGAGAGUUCUGCC